GGCGCCCGGGGAGCCCAGUGCCCAGGAGCCCCGCACCGCCUCGCUGCCCACUGCCCAGCACAGGGCACGGCCAGCCAUGCCCAGGGAGGCUGGAGAAGAGAGCAUGGGAAGGGCGGAGAGUGUGGUGCCAGCAGAGCCCGGGGACCCCGACGGCAGCGAGCCCGGAGCCAUCAGCCUGCGGCCCGUGGAGUCCAUCAGCGACCUGCACUGGGCCUCGGCCGGGCAGAAGGGUGUCGAGGGCAACGGCCCCACUCCCCACAGCAGCCUGCACCGGCCCCCGCCUCGCCCCGUGCCCCCCGGCCGCCCGCCGCUCCUGCCCACCCUGCGCCCUGUGCCCGCCGCCAGCCCCUGCCCCUGCCUCAGCCUCGGCCACCCUCUGAUCCUGGCCCUGCUGGGGCUCAUGGCGCUGGCCAGCCUGGUCCUGGCCACGCUGGCCAUCUACCUGAGUGUCCUGCAGAGCCAGUCGGUGAGGACGCUGGCCCAGUGGCUGGAGAGCCAGGAGAACGCCGUGCACCAGCUGCGGGCAACCAGCGGGCAGCUCUGGGCUCGCCUCAACACCAGCGCCGAGCACGGUGGGCACCGCUGAGCUGCUCCCGUCCCCAUCACGGGCACCAGGCCAGCACGGGAAGGGGCAUCAGAGGGUGGGAGGGGGAAGUGGGCAGCCCUACCUGCCCCUCAGCCCGGGCAGCAUGGCCCCACGGGGCGUGGGGGGUGAGCCUGGCCCCCAUCCCGGGCUGUGAGAGAAAGGGACAGGGCUGCAAGGAGCAGCACCCACCCCAGCGACAGCCCUUCCUUUUAAUGAGGCAGAAGGCACCCUCCACUUAAGCCUUUUAUUUACCUCCAGUAACCAAAGUCUUAUAAAAUCACCACCAUAGAUACAUUCCCGAGGUUACAGGCACGCCCAGCUGGCACAGCCCCGUGCCUGCCCAGGCAGCAGCCCCCAAGGCUCUGCAGGCAGCACCGGCACUUGCCUGCUGUGCCACCCCCCUUUAAUUAAUUUCCCACAAGAGGACUAUUUCGUAUAAAGCAUUUGGCUGGAAAAGGGCUCCGAAUGGGCAGUCAGCAGGGCUGGGCAGAGCCUGUCCCACCUUCUGCCACCCCUGGGUGCCAGGCGCUGCAGAGGCAGGGGCAGUGUGGCGGUGGGCAGCUGGGGCAGCGCUCCUGCGCAGAGCAGGGCUGGCUGCCUCACAGGGCUCUGCCUUCCCACCCCUGCUCCAGGCCACUCCGGUGCCCCCAUGGGCCUGGGGAAGGGGGACAGGAGCCCUGUGAGACCCCUCCCACUGUGCCCCGUGGAGCCCCAGCCGCAGAGCGGGCACACAGCAGCACACUCCCCCCACCUCUCCCCCUCCCCCCAGCUCUUCUUUUAGCCUUUGUUUUGAUUAAAAAAAUAAAAGAGGGGGCAGCCCCCAGUGGGGCAGCUCCAGGCAUUAAAUACUCUGCU